AUGCUGAGGACGCUGGCUAGAAAUUUCGUAGGCAGUCGCAGUCGAUUGGAUAAGGUUAAAGGGGGGAAUGCAGGUGGAUUGGAUAGUAUGUUACAGCAAAUGGAAGCGCAUGGCCGUGUAAUCCCACAGGAUCCCUUGGAAUAUCUCCCAAGAGAAGCAUUCAGAGCCCAACACGCUUAUUAUCCAUCCAACUUUGCUCACACACCCGCACAUUUCUUCAAAACAGCGCCAACACCAGAGUCCGUGAGGUUACCGGAUCUCAACACACUCUCACUCUCACCAAAUGCAAUGUCUGUAUUUUUAACUUCAAUGGGUAAAAUUCAAUCAAGGAGGAAGACAGGAUUGAGUUGGAAAGAGCAGCGUAAAUUGGGUAAAGCAGUCAGACGUGCUAGGCAGAAUGGUCUACUUAACACUUUCGCGGUAGAUACGAAGAUGUAG